AUGAUGCAGUCUGGGGCUAUGCUGGCCCUGAUGGCCACAUGCAGCUCUUGCUCAGCGUUUGUUCUUCCUCAGGCUUCGUUCAACAGACUACCGACAGCGGCCUCGUCGGCAUCGAGGGCGGCCUCACCCUUGAGGAUGGCCGAAGAGCCGCUUGGAGUGGGAGUCAUCGGCUGCGGCAGGAUCGGAGAUAUCCAUGCCAAGACCUUGGCCUUCCGAACCCCCGGGGCUAAGCUGGUGGCAGUGUCGGACAUCUUCGAGGAGGCUGGCGCUCGUGUCGUCGAGGGGUGCAACGGCCUGCCCAAGUUCUACAAGGACUGGAAGGAGAUGGUGCACGACCCCGAGGUAGGGGCCAUCGUGGUGGGAUCGCCAACACCGUUCCAUGCGGAGCAGAUCAUCGAGGCGGCCAAGCUCGGCAAGCACAUCUUCUGCGAGAAGCCCAUUUCUUUCGACGUGCCGACGAUCGACGUCGCCCUUAAGGCCGUAGCGGACAACGACGUGAAGCUGCUCCUCGGCUUCCAGAGGCGGUUCGACUCCAACUUCCGCACCAUCCGCGAGAAGAUCAACGAGGGCACCAUCGGAGACGUGCGUACCAUCCACAUCACCAGCCGCGACCCCGCGCCGCCCCCGGUGGCCUACCUGCAGAACAGCGGCGGCAUCUUCAUGGACAUGACCAGCCACGACUUCGACAUGGCCCGCUUCCUGGUUGGUGACGAGAUCGACGAGGUGUUCGUUACCGCUACCGCCUUUGACCCGGAGGCCAAGGAGGCCGACGACUUCGACACCGCAAACACCCACCUCAAGUUCAAGAACGGGGCCUUCGGCGUGAUCGAGAACUCGAGGCGCUGCUCCUUCGGGUACGACCAGCGUGUCGAAGUCUUCGGCGCCGGCGGGUCUAUCUCAGGCGCCAACCGCUCCCCGCAGAAUGUGCUGGUCAACAACGAGGACGGCCUCAACGCUGGUGUGCCGUACAGCUUCUUCCUGGACAGGUAUGCUGAUUCGUACGUGAACAUCAUGUCCGCCUUCGUGAAGUACGUCAAGACCGGAGACGAGUCCCUCGAGCCAGCCCUCGGCAUCGACGGCAAGGUCACCAUUUUCAUCGGAAUGGCCGCCGCACGAAGUGCAAAGGAGGGCCGCCCGGUGAAGAUCUCAGAGAUCGCGGCUGAGUUCGGCUGCUAACCCCACCUCUACCUUGGUGGGAACGUGACCUUACCUUGUCAACGCCACCAUACCCAUACAAGUGAUACAAGUGUUCGAAGGUUGGGAGAAGGAACGUACUUCGGAAAUCUGGAGGGGCGGACAGGGCGUGUGGCUCGCGAUAGAAAUGUGGA